AUGAAGGCCCGAACGUUUGAAUAUGAGCCGCUUCAUACUCCGACGUCCAUUCGGGUGGUCACGCUCCUCCACGGCGAGUCCGAUAUCACCGUGUUUGGAGUCCCCCUGAUCCCAUUGUCGAUAGAAGUCGUCGACCUCAACGACAACCCGCGCUUCCAGGCUUUGUCAUAUACCUGGGGAUCACCUUUUCCACCAGACCUGGACCGGUCCAAGGACUAUGGUCCGAAGAACAAAUUCCCCGUCGCGAUCAAUGGACAGAUCUUCUUCUUGACUAGGAAUCUCUUCGAAUUCCUGCAGCGUCUGAAGACUCAGGAACUAUACAUAGAUCGGCGCACUAAACCAUAUAACAAAACUCGUUUGAUUGAGGCAGCUGAGGCUGGCAGUGUCAAUGAUGUCUACUUUUGGAUGGCCCGGGGCGCAGACCUGGCGGCGCAAGACAGGUUUGGAGAGACAGCACUGCAUUACGCCGCAGAGAAUGGCUAUUUCGACGUCGUCAAGAUACUGGUAGAGGCUGGUUCGGAUCUGCACCGACGGGACUCCUCAGGGCGGACCCCUCUCGAUUGUGCUAAGAUGCGGAAACGCCGCAGAUACACGGAGAUCAUCGAGUACCUGGAGCGGCCCGAUAUCCACCACAUAGUCGGAAGUAAACCUCGACCACUCGCUCCAAUAGACAAUCAGCAGUUCUGGAUCGAUGCAAUCUGCAUCAAUCAGGAUGAUAUCGCGGAGCGUAACGCGCAAGUUGCCAUUAUGUCUAUGAUCUAUACGAAAUCCUCGGGGGUGUUCGUCUGGCUGGGUGUGGAUGAUGAGAGCACGACGCGUGCCUUUGAGGCCACGCAUCUUCCAUCCCAAGAAGGUAUGGACAUGUGGUACAACGAUGUGUUGCAAAACCAUGUCAUGGAGGACCCAGAAACACGUGUCGCAAAGCAGGGGUCAAACGAGGCCUCUUUGAAAUACCAGGCGGUCGUGAAUCUGUUUCGACGAACGUGGUUUCAGCGCGUGUGGAUCAUUCAAGAGAUCGCGUUGGCCAAGCAGAUUCGGAUCUUCUGCGGUGGCGUCCAGUUCGAAUACCACAAGCUAUUCACUCUGUUUCACAAUCCCAAUUUCACUUCUCGUGUGAACAGCCGGUCUCUAGCCCAAGCCCUGGAGUUGGCCCGGUGGAAGGGAAUUGCAGGGAGUGAGUUGAGUACCUUGACUGAUAUUCGACUCCGGACGUCAAAACACGCCUUCGAACGAACGGUGAUGGAUACGUAUGUGAAAAAGAAUGGUAUCUCGCUCGUUCCCACAUGGGAGCACAAACUGAGUCUCUCGCUAUUGGCGAGCAUGGUUUGGUCGUUUCGAGCGACUGACCCGAGGGACAAGGUCUUUGCUUUAAUUGGUAUAUCCCGGCUCUCUGAUGACCCUCGAAAGAGGAUAGUCGCCGAUUACUCCACGUCCACAUCCGAAGUGUUCAUCCAGUUUGCCAAGAUAUUCAUGCAGGGAGCUUCGGAUGAGCCACUCCAGACGUGGCACACAGGGGAGUGUGAGGUUUUCGAAUGUCUUGAAGGGUUGUCCUUUGUACAGGAGAGUCUGGAUAUCUCUCGCAGGUUCGAUGGUCAGGAAUUGCCAUCGUGGGUCCCCAACUUCACUGCUCCGCUUACAACCACCCGGCUGUGGUCAUCACGCUUCAGUGCAGGUGUUUACUCCGGUAAUCCAGCUGUAAUCCUUCCCGACGACGACCCUCAGACCCUGCGGCUGAAUGGUGCCUUCCACGAUGAAAUAGUUAGUGUGGAACCGCAAAUUGGCCCAGUGACAGCUACAUCAUUUCGCCCACCAAACUGGCUAGAGCUAAUCUCAUCUAUGGACGAGACCUACAUCCCCACGGGACAGAAUCGUGUUGAAGCACUUUGGCGGACCCUAAUGACCAACAAGCUGUCAACCUCAGACGACCCGGUCCACAGUGCCCGGUCCUCGUUUCGCUUUUUUAUGCAAAAGGCUCUGUGGAGCCUCACGCAUGAAGCGGAUCAAGAUACCAUCACGAACCUCAAUGCCAUCCGCGAAGCCGACGAGAGUAACACGCUACCGGCUUGGGAGGAAAUACAGCAAUACGGGGCAAAGGACGAAGUGGGAAAGCCUCGAGGAAUGGUGAGGAUUGACGACCGUGACUUUGAUCAAACAUUUGUCCAUUUCUAUCGUGGACGGUUGCUUUAUCGAACUAAACGGGGGUACAUCGGGCUUGGUCCAUGGUCGGUACAGGCUGGGGAUGAGGUAUGGGUGAUUGCCGGGGCACGAACACCGUUUGUUCUGAGGAAGUCGGUACUCGAUGACUCUUCGGAUCCUGAGAGGCGAAGUUUGAUUGGCGAGACAUACGUCCAUGGGAUUAUGGACGGAGAAGCGAUCUGUGAUGGUCGGUUGUUUCAGCCUGUCUCGCUUGUAUAG